AUGACAGACAAACAGAACAUGUCCUUGUCAAGAAGAAUUCUCAAGCUUUUCUGGACUGACCUUUACGAGUCCAAAGUUGAACAAAAACUUGUGGCUAAGGUAGAUGGUUUCAUCUUAUCAUACUGUUGUGUAUCAUAUUUCAUCAACUACUUGGAUAGAACCGCUUUCUCUAACGCUUAUGUCACAGGUAUGCAAGAGUCUUUAGGGUUGAAAGGAAACCAAUACAAUGUCAUCAACAAUUGCUUGACGGUCGGUUAUAUCAUUUCGAUGCCUAUUCAUGCUAUUCUAUUGCAGAAGAUCAAACCCAGGUACUAUUUUCCCAUUAACCAGAUAUUAUGGGCUAUCUGUACAAUGUCUACAGCUGCCUGUAAGUCAUUUUCAUCUGUUUGUGCAGUACGGUUUCUUUUGGGAUGUUUUGAACUGAGUACCUUCUCCGGUACCAUUUAUGUUUUAGGUUUCUGGUUGAAGAGAGACGAGAUUGGAAAGAGAAUAGGUGUUUUUGCAGCCUCGGGUGUAGCAGGGUCUAUGAUCUCGGGGUAUAUUCAGACAGCCAUUUAUAACAAUAUGAAUGGUACUCAUGGAUUGGCAAGUUGGAGAUGGAUGUUCAUUAUUGAUGGUAUAGUUGUUUUCCCACUCAGUCUCUAUGGGGUAUUUUUCUUUCCUGAUACGCCCACCACCACCAAAAUGUUCUAUUUCACGGAAGAAGAGUUGGAGGUUGCAAGAAACAGACUACCACCCCCUAAACCCAAUACCAAGUUGGACUUUACCCUUAUCCGGAGAGCUUUAUUUGAUUGGAAGUUACCAGUUCUUAGUAUGUUGUGGGUAUUAGGUGGAGCCAUAGAAGCUAUUUCGAACCAGUCAGUUAUGAUUUUGUCCAUGAAAGCAGAAGGUACGUACACGGUUGCCCAAAUUAACCAAUGGCCUACUGCAGUAAAUGGGGUGGGUAUAUUUUCGAUAUUGGUUGCAGCCGUUUAUAACGAUGCAUUACCCGACCAUAAAUGGGAGUUUAUUGGAUUCAUUGGUCUUCUUCAGCUUAUUGCAGCUUCAAUUCUUCUUAAAUGGGACGUAUCCUUGGGAGGUAGACUUUUCGCCUAUUAUCUUGCAGGUACAUCUUAUGGGGGGCAAUCGCUUUAUUUUGCCUGGGCAAAUGAAAUAUGCCAGGGAGAUGAUCCAUUAAGAGCUUUGACCGUAUUCUGUAUGAAUAUGUUUUCGUCUGUGUUAUUUUGUUUCUGGGGAACUCUCCUUUAUCCUGCCAGUAGUGCCCCUAAAUACCACAAAGGUAUGAUCACUUCUAUAGUGACAUCGCUUUUAUUGGUGUGCUGGGGUAUUUUGGUCAAGCUUUUGUUUGACUGGCAAAAGAGAAGAGAUGCCAAUAAAGUUGAUCCGCUUGAGUUUAGUAGUGACCAUAGUAACGACGAAGUUGUUUCUAAGGAGAUUAUCCCUUUAGAGCAAAAAGAGUAA